UUAGAAGAAGGAGAAGAAGAUGAUGAUGAUUCCGUCUCCCGUGCACCGACUUCGUGACCGAUUCGAAGGUUCUAAUGAUUGAUUUUGUUUGGUUUUCAUGCAGGUUUUAUUCAGAAAAUGAGGGGGAAAUCAGGACCUGCACUUCUGCACACCUUUGAGCAGCAGUAUGAUGCAGGCAGGAGUCUGUCUGCGACAGGACACUGAGACAACACUACCAGAGCUCACUGAGCAGCACAGAAUCAGACCGAAAGAAGAGGAACUCAGUGGACUGGAGUGUGUCCACAUGGCAGAGUCAGAGACAGAAUGUGCUGCAGCAGGACUCAACACACUGGAGCCAGAGUGUGUUACAGCACACAGUGGGGUCAGUGAUGUACACCACACACACACACCACUGAUUAAAACAGAAACUGAUCUGGGCUCCACCCACACUGGGGAUCUUAAGACAGAGAGCCUAGACUUUACAGAGCUGGGAUAUGUAACUGAUCUGCAUCCUGACCAAAUCAAAGCAGAGACUGAUGAUGGAGGAUACCUUAAGGCAGAAUACAUCAGUGAUUUGCAGAAUUUUAAUUUUAAGUCUGAUAAAAUGAAGUGUGAAUACAGUGAAAGUUUAGUAAGUGAUCUCAUGGAUUCUGUGAAGAAUGGAGCUGGUUUCUUUCAAAACAAGAUAAUUCACAGGAAUAAAUGUGAAAUUAAUACAGGUGAAAAGCCGUACAAGUGUGUACAGUGUGAGAAGUGUUUUCGUACAAAAUCUGAUUUAAAUGCACACCUGAGAAUUCAUACAGGUGAAAAGCCCUACAAAUGUAUUGUGUGUGGGAAGUGCUUUAGUAGAAAAUCUGAUUUAAAUCAACACCUGAGAAUUCAUACAGGUGAAAAGCCAUACAAGUGUACCCAGUGUGAAAUGUGUUUUCGUACAAAGUCCACUUUAAAAAAACACAUGCGAAUUCAUUCAGGUGAAAAACCCUACCAGUGUAUUCUGUGUGGGAAGUCUUAUUCCCAAAGUGGUCUGUUGAGUAGCCACCUGAGAAUGCAUACAGGGGAAAGGCCAUUCAAAUGUACACAGUGUGGGAAGGGUUUUUGUACAAGUUCAGAUUUAAAAAGACACAUGCAGAUUCAUACAAGUGAAAAGCCCUGUAAGUGUACACAGUGUGGAAAGUGUUUUUAUUCAGAAUCUUCUUUGAAUGUACACCAGAGAAUUCAUAAAGGUGAAAAGCCCUACAAGUGUACACAGUGUGGAAAGUGUUUUUAUUCAGAAUCUUCUUUGAAUGUACACCAGAGAAUUCAUACAGGUGAAAAGCCCUACAAAUGUACUCAGUGUGGGAAGUGUUUUAGUGCAAAUUCUGUUUUAAAUCAACACCUGAGAAUUCAUACAGGUGAAAAGCCCUACAAAUGUUCUCAUUGUGGGAAGUGCUUUUCCAAAAUAUCUAAUUUACAUAAUCACCAGAGAAUUCAUACGAAUGAAAAACCUUACAAGUGUACACAGUGUGGGAAGUGCUUUAGAAGAAAAUCUGAUUUAAAUAGACACCUUAGAAUUCAUACAGGUCAAAAGCCCUACAAAUGUUCUCAUUGUGGGAAGUGCUUUUCUGCAAUAUCUCAUUUAAAUAGGCACCAGAGAAUUCAUACAGGUGAGAAGCCCUACAAAUGUAUUGUGUGUGGGAAGUGCUUUAGUAGAAAAUCUGAUUUAAAUCAACACCUGAGAAUUCAUACAGGUGAAAAGCCCUACAAAUGUUCUCAUUGUGGGAAGUGCUUUUCCACAAUAUCUUAUUUAAAUACCCACCAGAGAGUUCAUACAGUUGAAAAGCCCUACAGAUGUUCUCAUUGUGGGAAGUGCUUUUACAAAAUAUCUGAUUUAAAUACCCACCAGAGAAUUCAUACGGUUGAAAAGCCCUACAAAUGUUCUCAUUGUGGGAAGUGCUUUCACAAAAUAUCUGACUUAAAUAGGCACCACAGAAUUCAUACAGGUGAAAAGCCAUACCAAUGCAUUGAGUGUGGGAAGCGUUUUUCUCAGUCAUGCACAUUAAAUGUACACAAGAUGAUUCAUACAGGUCAAAAGCCCUACAAAUGUUCUCAUUGUGGGAAGUGCUUUUCCACAACAUCUUAUUUAAAUACCCACCAGAGAAUUCAUACAGGUGAAAAGCCCUACAAAUGUAUUGAGUGUGGGAAGUGUUUUUCUCAGUCAGGCACAUUAAACGUACACAAGAUGAUUCACACAGAUCAAAAGCCCCACAAAUGUUCUCAUUGUGGGAGGUGCUUUUCCGCAAUAUCUCAUUUAUAUAGGCACCAGAGAAUUCAUACAGGUGAGAAGCCAUAACAAUGCAUUGAGUAUGGAAAGUGCUUUUCCAUGAGAUCUUAUUUAAAAGCUCACCGGAGCAUUCAUACAGGUGAGAAGCCGUAUUAAUGUGUUGAGUGUGGGAAGUCUUUUUCUCAAUCAAGCACAUUAAAUGUCUGCAAGUUUACUCAUAUCAGUUAAAAGCCCUACAAAUGUUCUCAUUGUGGGAAGUGCUUUUUGACCACACAUUAUUUUAAUAGCCACCAGAAUAUUCAUUCAAGUUUAACAUCUGAGGGGUUCUCCCAGUGCGUUUCCUAAAAAUCUCAUUUACAUUUUCACCUGAGAAAUAAUUCAGGUGAAAAUUUUUUCAAAUGUACUUACAGAGAAAAAUCUCCUUUUAAUUAUCAAAAAAGACAUCCUACAGGUCAAUGACCUUACAAAUGUACUCUUGUUUCAUGAAAGCAUUCUUUACAUGAUGUGCUUUGCUUUGAGUGGGAAGUAUUUGUAAUGCACAUUAAAUUUCAAAGACACUUGAUAUUGCCUAUAAAAUCCCUUGAUAUUUUUUUUUUUUUUUUUGACAGACCACCAUGUUGUGGUUUCCAAAUUCUUAUUUGGUGGGUCUUUAGCUUGAGCUGAAGGAGUGUAUUAAACACGGUAAGCUGACCAUUUUGCACUGUGUCAUUUAGCAUUUAGCAUUAUGUAAUGGUGCGGUUUACAGUAGUUAUCCUCAUAUUGCUUGCUCAUCAUAUGUUAGACAGACAUCUGAAAAACAGCACAGUAACUGGGAAGUUUUUCUGGAAGAGUUUUUUCAUUUUAAUUCCUUGUCAAAAUGAAACGUAACUUUUUGUCGUUUGAAGGGUGAUAUUUUGUCAUGAUAAAAAUGGCGGCAGUGUGAUUUGUAUGAAAGAAACAAUGUGAAACCUAUUUUAAUGUAAUGUAGAAACAAAUAUGAUUGUGUGUUUACUGCCAGUGUAUAGGCUGUGUACCUCAUCUAAAGCUGAUAAUUAGACUUAAUCUGUAUGUUUUGUCAGAUGUAUCAGUUGACGAUCUUUGUUUCACUCUAUUUUUUGGUGUUGAUUUUGAGUUGUAUAUGAAAUAAUUUUACAUUUUGAAUGUGCACAUUCCAAGACCUUUGUGUCAUGUAUUUGUCUUUAUAAACUAGUAUAUCUUUCA